AUGGCUCCGCGGGACACCUUCUUCCGCUCGGCGGAUAUGAGCUUGACCCAGCUUUACAUUGCCAACGAAAUAGGAAGAGAAGUUGUCAGUGCUCUGGGUGAAGUUGGUCAGGUGCAGUUUCGAGAUUUGAACCCGGACACGAACGCUUUCCAAAGAACCUUUACGAAAGAGAUCCGUCGCCUAGACAAUGUCGAGAGACAACUUCGCUAUUUCCAUCAACAGAUGGAGAAGGCGGCCAUUCCCAUGAGAUCUUCUUCGGACUUUACCGAUACAUUGGCUGCCCCCUUGGCGUCGGAGAUCGACGAGCUGGCCGAUCGCAGCGAGAGCCUUGAACAACGAAUCAUCUCCCUCAACGAUAGCUACGAAACCCUGAAGAAACGUGAAGUUGAGCUAAGCGAAUGGCGAUGGGUGCUGAGAGAAGCCGGUGGAUUCUUCGAUCGGGCCCAUACCCAAACAGAAGAUAUUCGGCAAUCCUUUGAUAAUGAUGAAGCUCCCUUGCUCCGCGAUGUUGAGCACCACGCUCCUCGCCAGAACGGAGACAGCCAGGGCCAGCAGAGCUUUUCGGAAAUGAACAUCGGUUUUGUUGCUGGUGUCAUUCCCCGGGAUCGCAUUGGUGCUUUUGAGCGUAUCCUUUGGCGCACUCUGCGCGGAAAUCUUUACAUGAACCAGUCCGAGAUCCCGGAGCCCAUUAUCGAUCCGAUGACGAAUGAGGAAAUCCACAAGAAUGUUUUUGUUAUCUUUGCUCACGGCAAGAAUAUCCUUGCCAAGAUUCGAAAGAUUUCAGAGUCACUCAACGCAUCCCUGUAUGGCGUCGACGAGAACAGCGAGUUGAGAAGAGAUCAGAUUCACGAAGUGAACACUCGUCUCGGCGACGUUGGCAAUGUGCUCCGUAACACCAAGAACACCCUUGAUGCUGAACUCUCGCAGAUAGCUCGCUCGCUUGCCGCGUGGAUGAUUAUUGUGAAAAAGGAGAAGGCCGUUUAUGAUACUCUGAACAAAUUUUCAUACGAUCAAGCGCGGAAGACGCUGAUUGCCGAGGCGUGGUGUCCGACAAACUCUCUGGCUCUGAUCAAGUCAACCCUUCAGGAUGUCAACGACCGCGCAGGCCUUACUGUCCCUACAAUUGUCAACCAGAUCCGAACCAACAAGACCCCUCCCACUUAUAUGCGGACCAACAAGUUCACCGAAGGAUUCCAAACCAUUGUGAACGCUUAUGGUAUUCCGAAGUACUCUGAAGUCAACCCUGGUUUGUACACGGUUGUCACUUUCCCCUUCUUGUUCGCUGUCAUGUUCGGUGAUUGCGGUCAUGGUGCACUGAUGACCCUGGCCGCCUCCGCUAUGAUCUUCUGGGAAAAGAAGUUGGCUCGAGCUAAAUUGGAUGAACUGACAUACAUGGCCUUCUAUGGACGUUACAUCAUGUUGAUGAUGGGUAUAUUCUCCAUUUAUACUGGAUUUAUCUACAACGAUAUCUUCUCCAAAUCUUUCACGAUCUUCCCCAGUCAGUGGGAAUGGCCCCAGGACAUCAAGGCGGGCAAGAUGGUCGAGGCGACUUUAAAGGAAGGAUAUCGCUACCCGAUUGGUCUGGAUUGGAACUGGCACGAGGCGGACAACUCCUUGCUCUUCUCAAACAGCAUGAAGAUGAAGAUGAGUGUUCUCCUUGGUUGGUGUCACAUGACCUAUGCUCUUUGCUUGCAGUAUGUCAAUGGACGGCACUUCAAGUCCAAGGUGGAUAUCUGGGGCAACUUUGUUCCUGGAAUGCUUUUCUUCCAGUCUAUCUUUGGUUACCUUGUUCUCACCAUCCUCUACAAGUGGUCCGUGAAUUGGCAGGAGAAGGGGGUGAACCCUCCCGGUCUCCUCAACAUGCUCAUUUUCAUGUUCCUGAGCCCUGGUACAGUCGCAGACGGAGAACAACUUUAUCCUGGCCAAAGUUUAGUUCAGGUUUUGUUGCUGCUCAUCGCCGUGGCUCAAGUACCCAUUAUGUUGUUCCUCAAGCCGUUCUGGCUCCGCUAUGAACACAACCGCGCACGUGCCUUGGGUUACCGCGGCCUUGGCGAGAACUCCCGGGUGAGUGCCUUGGAUGCUGACGGUGACAUCGACGGUGGUCUAGGCCGUGACAGCAUGGCUAGCGACGGGGAGGGUGUAGCCAUGCUUUCCCAGGAUAUCAGCGAGGGCGAAGAGCACGAGGAGUUUGAUUUCGGCGAUAUCAUGAUCCACCAGGUCAUCCACACCAUCGAAUUUUGUCUCAACUGUAUCUCUCACACAGCCUCCUACCUCCGUCUGUGGGCUCUGUCGCUUGCUCACCAGCAGCUCUCGAUCGUUCUCUGGACCAUGACUAUUGGCAGUGCCUUCGACCAGGAAAGCCCCGUGACGCGUGUUAUCAUGAUCGUUGUUAGCUUCUACCUCUGGUUUGUGUUGACGAUUUGCAUCCUGUGUGUGAUGGAAGGUACCAGUGCCAUGUUGCACUCACUUCGUCUGCACUGGGUCGAGGCCAUGAGCAAGCACUUCGUCGGCGAGGGUAUUCCUUUCCUGCCGUUCAGCUUCAAGACGCUUUUGGAGGAGGACCCUGUGGAUUAG